AUGUGCAAUUGCACCAAUGGCUAUGAAGGAAACCCUUAUCUUCCUGGUGGAUGCAAAGAUAUUAAUGAAUGCGAUCACAACCCAUGCCCUUCAGAUGGUGUUUGUCGCAAUAUCGCUGGAGAAUACCGAUGUUCUUGUCGAGUUGGAAAAAAAUAUGCCAAAGAAAGCAAUACAUGCAACCCAAAUGCAGGCUUCAUAAUAGGACUUACAAUGGGAUUAUUUGGUCUGAUGGUUAUCAUCAUGAUUUCCGUCUUCUGGGGACAAAUGACAAUUCAAAAGAGAAAAUUGAAUAAAGUUAAGCAGGAGUAUUUUCGCGAGCAUGGAGGCUUGCUUUUGUUUGAUAGGAUGAGAUCAGAGAAAGGUCUUUCUUUCAAUGUAUUUUCAGAAGCUGAACUCAGACAUGCCACUGAUAACUUUGACAUUAGUAGAAUACUUGGAAAAGGAGGCCAUGGAACAGUCUAUAAAGGGAUAAUAAAGAGCAGCAUGCCAGUUGCAGUUAAAAGAUGUGGAAUAGUUGAUGAAAGACAGAAGAAGGAAUUUGGGAAAGAUAUGCUCAUUUUAUCGCAAAUCAAUCACAAGAACAUUGUUAAACUCUUGGGUUGCUGCCUUGAGGUGGAAGUUCCUAUUCUAGUCUAUGAGUUUGUCCGAAAUGGUACAUUGUUUGAGCUUAUCCAUGGCAAGAACCAGGCAUUGCAAAUUUCCUUCAGCACUCUCUUAAGGAUCGCUCAUGAAGCAGCCGAAGGUCUCAGCUUCCUACAUUCAUACGCGUCUCCCCCAAUUAUUCAUGGUGAUGUGAAAACUUCCAACAUCUUGCUUGAUGAUAACUAUAUGGCCAAAGUGUCAGACUUUGGAGCCUCCAUAUUAGCCCCAUCUGACAAAGAGCAGUUUGUUACAAUGGUUCAAGGUACAUGUGGCUACCUUGAUCCUGAAUACAUGCAAACAUGCCAGUUAACAGACAAAAGCGACGUGUACAGUUUUGGAGUUAUCCUUUUAGAGAUCCUCACCGGCCAGUUGCCACUAAAGCUCGAGGGGACUGAGAAGCCAAGAAGCUUGUCAUUGAUUUUCCUUUCUGCUAUGAGGGAGAAUAAUCUAGAAGAUGUGUUGGUGAGCCAAGUGAAAGGUCAAGCAAGUAUGGAGUUGCUGCGAGGACUUGCAGACCUGGCUAAGAAAUGCCUAGAAAUGUGUGGUGACAACAGACCAUCCAUGAAAGAUGUCGCCGAUGAGCUAAAUAGAUUGAGAAAACUUUCACUACAUCCUUGGGUACAACUUGAGAUGGAGAUGGACAAAGAAAAUCUUCUUGGGGGAGAAUCUACUAGUGGUUAUGAAAUAGAAUUAAGUGGGUAUCCAGUGGACCAAAGUGAGAACCAUCCCAUAAACCCAGGAAGUUCCUAUUAUGCAAGAUGA